CAUAACAUUGUGAUUCCGGACAUGUAUAAUAUGCGAGCUCUUGUUUCCGCCGCAGAAUCUGCGCCAACACCGGACCGCUGCGGGUUAAAGUCGAAUUGAUAGCCGAAUAAAUAGUUUAAAGCCCGAACAGGUCCCUGGAUUCGGCUCAGUUUCGGUUUUCUUGUGGUUCCGCACCAGCCCUUCCAUCCACUACUUUGGUUUCAGCCUUAUGUCCUCUCCAUGCUGGCUUCCUGCCUGCCUGGUGAAAUGGCAAUGAGCUGAUGUUUACCGUAGGCCUGAUCCGUGUGAGGUGAUCUGUGUCAGCUGCUGUUACCCUGAUCAUCCAAACAUGGCUCCUGUUCCUCCAGGGAUCCGCCUGCUAGUGUCCUUCAACAGGGACCAGUGGUACCGAGCUCUUACCUUCAUCCUCACAUUCCUCCUCUACACCAGCUUCCACCUCUCCAGGAAGCCCAUCAGCAUCGUCAAGAGCGAGCUCCACAGGAACUGCUCGUCGCUCAGCGAACUCACCACUGUGGUGUCGAACGUCCCGUCACUGCACAGCGACAUGGACUGCAGCUGGAAACCUUUUGAUAAAAGUAACUACAAACAGCUGCUGGGAGCCAUGGACUACUCCUUCCUGUGUGCCUACGCGGUGGGGAUGUACCUCAGCGGCAUCAUUGGGGAGCGGCUGCCCAUCCGACUGUACCUCACCGUGGGGAUGCUGUGCAGCGGCCUCUUCACCUGCCUGUUUGGACUCGGGUACGUCUACAACGUCCACAGUCUGGCCUUCUACAUAUUUGUCCAGGUGGCCAAUGGUUUGGUCCAGACCACCGGCUGGCCCAGUGUGGUGACUUGCAUCGGGAACUGGUUUGGAAAGGGAAGGCGUGGACUCAUCAUGGGCCUGUGGAACUCCCACACCUCAGUGGGAAACAUCCUGGGCUCUCUGAUCGCUGGAUACUGGGUCUCUUCUAACUGGGGCCUGUCCUUCAUCGUACCAGGACUCAUCAUCGCAGCCAUGGGCGUGGUCUGCUUCCUCUUCCUCAUUGAGCAUCCCAACGACCUGAAAAACAUGUACGCUCAGAAUUUAUCUCCUGGAAAUUUGGCAGCUCACAGUUGGAAAAGAACUAAUGGACACACAGAGGUGUACCUGCAGUACAAGGACAACAAAAACCAGAGUUACGACACAGAGCUGCUGCUGCCCCAGGACAGCAUAUGUGUCCCUGUCCAGCCGGUUGUGGUGGUGAAGAGCGAGUCGGAGCCAUCCGCCAUCAGCUUCAUGGGAGCCCUGCGGAUACCGGGGGUGAUUGAGUUCUCUCUGUGUCUGCUGUUUGCUAAGCUGGUCAGUUAUACGUUCCUCUUCUGGCUGCCGCUCUACAUCACCAAAGCUGCUCACCUGGAUGCAAAGAAAGCUGGUGACCUCUCCACCCUGUUUGAUGUUGGAGGAAUAGUGGGGGGGAUCCUGGCAGGACUGAUCUCUGAUAAGCUGGGAAAGCGAGCGACCACCUGUGCAGUCAUGUUGCUGCUGGCUGCUCCCAUGCUGUACGGCUUCUCCUUGAUCAGUAAGCUGGGUCUGGGCCCGACCAUCGGCAUGCUGUUGGUAUGUGGAGGUCUGGUGAACGGACCAUACGCCCUCAUCACCACCGCUGUGUCAGCUGAUCUGGGGACCCACAAAAGCCUGAAAGGCAACGCCCGAGCCUUGUCCACCGUCACCGCCAUCAUCGACGGCACCGGAUCUGUAGGAGCGGCGCUGGGCCCCCUGCUGGCCGGCCUGUUGUCCGCAGGAGGCUGGGAUCAGGUCUUCUACAUGCUGAUGACGGCUGACUUCCUGGCUCUGCUGCUGUUGUUACGGCUUGUGACGAAAGAGAUGACCUCAUCCAAAUCCCAUCCAAUCUCUGCGGUUGAGCUGAAGGAACACUGAGCACGCCUGCCGUGCACGGCUGCUCCCGAGCACAGAAAACAUCUCUUCAACAUCAAGAUGCUCAUGCAGGUGCAGGUUCAUCCAGCAGGGGGCAGUGAGGAGCAGCGUGGAGGAGGACAUGAUCUGCACUCUUUACACAAAGUGGUGUUUGAAAUGGUUUAUUAAAGCAGCCUUACAUUAUUUUAUUUUUUUUUUUUACAUAUUUGGACUAAAGAUUAUUUAAAUAGAAACUUUCAUCACGUGCUCACACCAUAUCCUACUGAGAGGAUGGCCUUAGACCUAAACCUGGUCUUCCAGAGGUAUCAGAGUACCAGAGGUCAUCAGUGGGUGAGGUUAUUGUUGUUGCUGUUUUUGUUUACUACCCGAGACUCACAUGGAGGAUGAUGAUGAUAGUUUCCUCCUCUUUAAUCCUCUCGAUAUGUUACAGCAGCCUAAUAAUCAUUGAUUAUAGAUGGAUCAAUACUCCUCCUCCCUUACAGAAAAUAUGCAUGAAGCACACGUGGAAGCAUGGUUUCAGAACAUGUACAUGUAGACCAGGUGUAAACCACGUAUAGACCAUGUAUAGACCAGGUGUAGUCCACAUGUAGACCAUAUGUGGGGCAUGCAUAGACUGCAUGUAGACCAUGUGUAGACCACAUGUAGACCAGGUGUAGACCAUAUGUGGGGCACGCGUAGACUGCAUGUAGACCAUGUGUAGACCACGUGUAGACCAGGUGUAGACCAUAUGUGGGGCACGCGUAGACUGCAUGUAGACCAUGUGUAGACCACGUGUAGACCACAUGUGGACCAGGUGUAGACCAUAUGUGGGGCACGUGGACUGUUGCAUCAUGGGAAGGACAGCAGUGAUGUGUUCCCGCUGUGAUGUCAGCGUGUUGUGACUUCACCUCUGUGUCCAGGACCUGACCUCCCACCUUCCUACCAGUUCUCUGCAUUCCGGGACCAAAGAAAGGAAGAAGAGAUUGAUCUGUUCUCGUUUUGUAAUGAAGGCUCUAAGACUCUAUUUUUCUAAGGGGGGGGGGGGUCUUUUGGGGGAGGUCAGACUUCAUUGAGGUGUUUUUCCAGGGGUCUGUGUGUAAUUACUGUCCGCGGGGUCUGAAGUGGAUCAGAUUAUUCUGUGAUCUCGUGAUUUGGGGCAUUUUGAAGGUAAAACUGUUUUGUUGAUUGCUUUGUGAAAUAUUUAUUAUGUUUAAUUUAUUGCUGCUGAUGAUGAUGUGAAUGUUGGGAUCGUUUCUUUUAAAGGUGGGAGCAUCGAUUCAAUGGCCGUCCUCAGAAAAAGACCACAUGUGAACAUUUAUUACUUGAAACUUGUGCCUUUUUUUUCUUUCAUUUUGCACAUGAACAGAUGUCUCAUAUUUCUGUGGUUGGUGGUGGAUCUACUCCCAAAGCAUUCUGGGAGAAAAUAAAUCAGUUUUCUUCA